CCGACAGGCACCUGGAGUCUGCCUUGACUAAGUCGCAAUUCACUGUAGCGGCAAAAAAAAAAGCCCACUCCGCCUUAUCUGCCUGUCCGGGGCUAAAGUGGCCAGCUUCCAUGACCUCAACAACCCUCGUCAUUCCCCUCAUUAUUGCCUCGUGCUUGGCCAUCAAUCCAUGAGCCAGCUGCUCUCUCACGUUUCUCUGUCCUCCCUGGGCGAGACGUGUGCUUCCUACUUAGACCACGUCGCCACCAACCUUCCCCCGUCCCUGCACACCUUCCACCACCAGCUCGUCAACUCCCUUUCAUCCGCCAAAGCCUCGUCUUCCCUGCGCCUGCUCACUCCCUGGCCCGAGUUGGUCGCCGACCACGUCGAUAGCGCUUAUAUAGUCCCGGUCGCUUACACCCUUAUCGCCUGCACAGUUGUGCUUCUCGCCAUGUCGUGGCGCAAUCAGUUUACCAACUUCUGGCGCCGCAGCUCCCCCAGUUAUACCAACGUCGACAAUCCUCCCCAUGUCAGCGAUAGUGAUUACAGUUAUAUUACGCACGAUGAUAUCGUCGACUCGCCUGCCCCCGGGUACCGGAACCAGUACACCGGGGCUGAGGAUAGCGAGCCCGACACCUUGAUUCUGAAGCACCGCAAGGAAAAGUACGAGCUGAAUUUCCCUGCCUAUGCUAUCAACGACGGAGCCCUCAGCGUGGGCCAACUGAGACAGCAGGCGGCGAAAGCGAUGCGCACACCUGACCCGAACCGGAUCAAGCUUCUCUACAAGGGGAAGUUGUUGGACAACGAUGCGCUGCCAUGUCGGUCGGAAGGUCUCAAACAGCAGUCGGAGGUGCUCUGUGUUGUCUCCGGUGUUGAGCCUGGCGAGAGCUCGCCCAGCGAAACCUCCGAGGCCGAGGCUGAUAAAAAUGCCGAGUCGGCCCGUCAGGAGGAAUCGCGUCGCAAGCGGUCGGGCAAGAAGAAGCGCCAAAGCAAGAAUAAGAAGAAGGGGAAGCAGGCCGAUACUCUUGCACCACCGGCCGAACCUCAGCGGCCAUCCUCUGCCGCUGGCGGAUCCGGCAUGCCGUCACCUUCGCCCAGUCUGAAUGCCUUCCGCACGCCGCUCGAGCAAGUGGACGGCCUGUUGUCGUACCUGCGUCUGGAGCUGCUUCCGCUUUGCGAGGAGUAUAUCACGAACACCCCGACGGAUGCUAAGUCGCGGGACUUUGAGUACAAGAAGCUGAGCGAGACAAUCCUAGCACAGGUCAUUCUGAAGGCGGACGGCAUCGAGCCCUCGGGCCAGGAGGGUGCUCGUGAGGCGCGUAAAGCUCUCAUCAAGGAAGCGCAGAAUGCGCUCAACAGCCUAGAUCAGGCGAGGAAUAAUUGAAACAUGCAACUUGUUAUAUGUACAUGAAAUUGGAAGAUAUAUGGAAAGAUGACGAUAAUAAUACAAGACGGAAUAGAGAACCAAUAUACUACAUUUGCUCUGAUUCGAACACUGGGUUCCUGCACCUCCGGGUACCUGUGACAUGGUUUUUGCAUGAUGACGAUGUCCGGGUGA